AUGGAAACAACCCUUCAUGACCGUGAAAAUUUUACUAAGGCGGACAUUAAAAACAAUAAAAAAAAAUCAUGCCAAUGGAACGAUGAUAAUAUUAAGCUUUUACUUUCAUUUUUAAUAGAACGGAAAGAAGAAGUAAACCAACUAAGUACCAAACGAGGUGGCAGCGGUAAUACAAAAGCAAAGCUUUGGCAAGACGCGUCAAAUAUAUUUCUUGACAGUCAUUGCCAAUAUUCUGCUGAACAGUGCGCGGUUAAGUGGAAAAACAUUAAAAAAAAAUAUAAGGAUGACAUGGAUCAUAAUAAAAAAUCAGGUAAUGAUUUAAUUGAAGUAAAAUAUAAAGCAGAAGUUGAAGAAAUCCUUGAUGGAAAUCGUCCAAGUUUAACUCCAAAACUACUAGAAAGUAGUUUGGACCAAAAUGAUGAAGUUAUUAUUGAAAAGGAAGCUCUAUUUAAUGAAAUUACUGGUCGAAGUAAACGAAAGAACAGGUCUGAUGAAUCUAUCCAAGAAGAUGAACCGCGAAAAGCUAACAGGUCCGAAGUAAGAAAAGUUAAAAAUAUGUUGGAAGAUCUAAUUUAUCAAAGAAAGGAAGAACAAGAAAAUAGAAAAAUAGAACGAGAAAGAAGAGAAGUUGAACGAAAGGAAAGGGAAGAGCGAAGGCAACAGGAGUUUAGUUUACUAAUUUCUGCUUUGAAUUCUACAAAUAGAAAUAUGAUGUUUUCUCAAAAUGAUGUUCCUUUUUAUUAUCAAUCUAGUUCAUUUAAUACAAUGCAAUUCAUGGAUACUUCGUAUACUGAUACUCCACAAAUUAAUCGUACUCAUACUCCACAAAUUAAUCGUACUCAUACUUCGCAAAUUGAUCGUACACGUACUUCGCAAAUUGAUCGUACACGUACUCCACAAAUUGAUCGUACACGUACUCCACAAAUUGAUCCUACUUUGCAAUUUGAAUGA